UUUGAAUUUUAAAUUGCUCUCUGAGUUUAUUUUAACUUAAGCUGAAUCCACCUUCUAAUGAGUUGCGUGUAAUCUCAUCAAGAAUCAAACGAUAUUGUUCAUCGUAGUUCAAGUUUAAGCUUGUUAAUCCAGGAAUUCCACAAAAUUUUAGAAUGGAGAUUGCUGUCGGAAAGUUCUCUGUGGGUUUAUGGAUUCUGGAAUCAGUUUCCUUACUCGUUGCCAUUAUCACACUUGGUGUAUUCAUAAAUACUACAGAAGAUGAAAUUCACAAAUGGAAUAACAUUGGAGCAUUGACCUACGGGUUGAGCGUCACUAUUAUUUCAAUAAUAAGCUUUGUCCCAAUGAUCGUGUUCCAUCUACGUAUAAAUGCAUACCGCCAGGUUUUGUGGAGCAAAGUUAUUCUCGGCUUAUUGAUCUUUACGGCUGGAUGUGUCAUAGCUAACACACGUACCAAUUAUGGAAAAGAUGAGAAAGAUACGACCAUAGGUCGGAUGACUUUUUGCCAGUGGCUAAAGGAAUCAAAAAAUCAUGUCAAUUGUGAUUAUCUUGUUAGCAGUUCCGCUUUCUGCUUCGUCGCUUCUUUUACUUUGAUUAUCGAGGCAUUCAUUAUGAUGAUGAAAAGAAGAAGGGAGAAUCAGUCGAACAACCAAAGCUCGGACAGAAUGCUCUAAAUGCAUCAGGAACACACUGAAGCUUUAAUAUAACGUAUUCAGCACCCUUUAAAAUAACGUCCUCAACAUUAAAUACAACACCAUAUUUAAUGGAAAUUUCUGUAAAUAAUAUAAUUAUGCUAAAGUUACGUAAUGGUAACUGUUAAACCAUUAGUCUGAGGAAAGCGCGAGAGGAUUGAAAUAAGGAUAUUUUUAUUGCGUUUGCGCCGUCGUAAUAAUCAAAAACGUUCAGUUUCGCUGUAAUAGCUUAGAUAUACUACUACAUGAAAAUCAGUUUAACAUAAUGUAACAAAAGUGUAACAGAGUAAAUCUAUGUUAUAAACUCAUUUCAUAGAAAGAGAACUAAAUAUCAUACAUUAUGAUGA